UACCCUUUCUCAUGCGCUCACUGCUGUAUUUCUCCCAUUUCUCCGAUAGGAAGCUGUGUCGUUCUUUGUUUCUGGGACAACACGAUGCAGGCUCUGUGCCUCCGACUGACAGACAUUUUUUCUCUCCAUUGCUCUGGUUUACUACUAUUAUCAGCCAACAUAAGGACAGUUUUGUGGACAGUUCUCUGUUGCAAUAAUUCGGACUAUCAAAACACAGGCACUAAAGGGAGUCACCGACAAUCUGUUUUUGUCAAUAAAAAAAACAUUCACAGGAGAAAUCACCGUCGUAGUUCCCCUUCGGAAACCAUUUGUCUGCUUUUCAAUUAGUGCUGACGGUUUUAGACCAGAGAUGCAGGUUCCCCAAUUUGGCGCUCCCCGGACCUGAAACUGGUGACGGGACUGAGAAGUGGACACAAACCAAAGAACCCCUUCUCUACAGCCAGCCGUGUUGGAUGCAGCUGAAUAACAAGCUGAGGAGGAGAAAAAGAAAGAGCAUUCGAUUCUUCCGCUCCAUUCAGAGGACUGCCAUCCAUGUGGUGGUAUGAUGAGACUGUGAGUCAGGAGAAACACAAUCAGACGGGAGCGGAGUGAUAAAGGGAGAGAAAGAAAGAAAGGCAAGAAAGGUGGAGGAUUAAGGGUGCGAGGUGAGUGUCUAGGUGCCCUCCUAACCCCUAGGUGAUAGCACCAGUCAGGGCAGCAAGAUGACCAGCCUGUUCAGGCGCAGCAGCAGUAAUGGAGGCUCCAGGGGAGGUGGAGGAGGAGGGGGAGGCAGUGGUGGUUCCACCCCAGGAGAUCUCAACAACAGCCGGCCUAACCGACAAGUCCGGCGCCUGGAGUUCAACCAGGCCAUGGAGGACUUCAAGAUCAUGUUCCCCACCAUGGAUUACGAGGUCAUCGAGUGCGUCCUGCGUUCCAACAACGGGGCGGUGGACGCCACCAUCGACCAACUCCUCCAGAUGAGUAUCGACGGAGAGGGAUCAGAUGACAGCUCUGACUCCGAUGAUAGCAUCCCACCAGAGGUUCUGGAGAGGACAUUAGAACCGGACAGUUCUGACGAGGAACCGCCUCCUGUCUACUCACCGCCCACUUAUGACAUGCACAUCUAUGACAGGAAGUACCCAGAGGCCCCGCCCACUCCUCCACCAAGGUUCGAGGCUCAGCCACCUCCAGGUCACCGGCAGGUCCGCAGCUACAGGAACUGGAAUCCGCCAUUGCUUGGCAACCUUCCAGAUGAUUUCCUGCGGAUCCUACCACAGCAACUGGACAGUAUACAGGGCUCACAGAGCAGUCUGUCCCAACCUUCUUCCUCCUCCUCUCUGUCCUCCGUCGCCCAGCGGACGGCCCAGGGAGGUAUCUCCAGGCCAGGGGCUGGUGGAGCCCUAGGGGCCCCUGGAGGGCCAGGUGGUGCCGAGGGCGUGGAGGUGGCAGGCACAGAGCAAGAGCGUAAACUGAAACAGUACCUGGAUGAUGAGCGCAUCGCCCUGUUUCUCCAGAACGAGGAGUUCAUGAGAGAGCUGCAGCGCAACCGCGAGUUCCUCGUCGCCCUGGAGAGAGAUCGCUUGAAGUAUGAAUCAAAGAAAUCCAAGUCCAAUCAUUCAUCCACUUACAUGGAGAAUUCCACAGCAGGAGAGCACUGUGCGUCAGGGUCGAUGGAGGCUUGUACUGCUGUGUCAGAUGACGCCAUGUUUAGAGACAAACUCAAACACAUGGGCAAAUCAACAAGAAAGAAGCUGUUUGAAAUCGCCAGAUCAUUCUCUGACAAGACAAAGAGAAGAAAGUUAAAAAGAAGAACGCUCCUGAAGCACCAGUCACUGGGCAUAGCCAACUCUACAGCCAACCUCCUGGAGGAUGUGGAGGGAAGCCCAGAAGAUGGCCAGCCCAGAAGAUCAGACAUUCAGGAAGAUGAUGUGCCAUACAAGGAGCCGUUGUCAUGAUUCUCCAAGGCUGCGCCACAUCAGGGUUUCCAUGGUGACAGCAGAAUGACCCAUGGCUGGUGGCCAAGCAAUAAUUCGGCUCCUCCCUCCCCUAACACAGACCAGCUAAUCCCAGGCCAAGAAGUGACAUGGGACCACCCACUCGCCCAGGAGGAGAAGAAGCAAACUGCUAUCCACACACCACCUCUCCUUAACUCUGACUGUUCAUAACCGCAUUGGAUUACCAGUAUAAUCUCUUUAUUAUAACUCUUAGUUAAUAUAUGAUUUAAUAUGUAAAGGGAAGAUGCAUUAGUCUUUUGACUGUUCUGUAUUUUUUUUAAAUAUCCGCUCCCUUUAACCCCCAUUGCAGAAGGCAUGGCAGCCUUGGUGAGGAUGAUCUUACCAUAUGGACUCAUCUAGUGUUACCAGUCUAAUCUAUUUUAUAUGGCUGGGAUAGGUCACUCCUGAGCCAAAGUGUGCACCUCUGAAAUGUCCCAUAAUAAACCAUGUUCACUCCCAGUAGCCAUGUGUUGCUACGCCCAUUUGGUCACAGUUUUAAAGAGACAGUAACCAGUGAUGACGUGGCACAUUUUUAAACAUCUCAACUAGAAUCACAGCUCAAUCCAAGUUCAAUCCCAUUUUUCCUGAAAGUUCAGGAAACAGAAAUUACUUGUGAAGAGAGACCCUAACAUUACAGUCAACAUUAUAGUCGACCCCCCCCCCCCCCCCCCCCCCCUCCUGUAAAUCUAGAGUUUCCUCUGAGCAUUUUGACAGGAGAUGAUAUCAUCAGUCAAGGGGUUGUUAUUCAAGUUGCCCUGCUCAAAUGUCAACAAACCCUUCUGCUGCGCCCAAUAUAAAAGAGGCAUUCCAACCUGUCAAAAUAGUAACUUGUCCCUAGCGGGUCAUAUUUCAUCCCAUAUUGUUAUGUCAAUGUGUAACUAAAUGCCAAGCGUUCCCUUUAAUCUAAUUUCAGGAAUUCUGACUAUAAACAUAAGCUUUCAUAUGAACUGAAAUAUUCCUCAAGCUACACUGACUGCCAUAUCUCAGUAUUCUCAUGUAUUUUUCAAUACAGCAUUAAUAUCUUGUUGAGGAAGGAGGGGUGCAUAUUGCUGAAUUCCAGUAUUAUUGAGUACACAAUAUAACUAGUAGAAACAUUUGAUAAACAUAUCAGUCAUCUGUGCAUAUUGUUGAUAAAUAUGUGUUUUGUUUUGUGGUGUAUUGGGAAAUGAACCACUUGUGUUGGGUAUGGAGAGAGCAGAACAUGAUAUGGAUGAUGCCUCUGUGAGGACUGGCAUUGAUCUUGAUUAAAGAUGCUGUUGGAUGUAUCAGUAGGAAAGAGAAGGCUGAUGAUGACCCAGUGCUGUGAUAUGAGCUUCAACAGUCGGGGUAGAUUUGAAAUCAACCCUUUAAGCAACUAGCUGAUUUGCAAGGCUUCACAUUGAUCCGUCAAUUUCCCAACUAUUGGAAAUUAUUACCAGCUUCAAUCUUAUUCUGAAGCCUUCUCCCCAAAGUGUGCUCUUUGCGCACAAUCAUUAAAAAGGAAGGGACCGACUGGUGUAGGAAAUAUAUUUUAAUGUUUUAAAAUGUAUUCUGUAAGAGGGAGCAAGCCAAGUGCACUUUGGGGAGAAGGGUGGGGAAUUGGAACACACCACUCUUCCUUCUAAAAUGGAUUUACAUGUAAAUGGUUGAUUUGCUACCUCUCAAAUUAUGACGUAUCCACGAUUGAAAAUUAAUAUUUUUACUUUUGAAAUUUAAGAUUGUUCAAUUCAAAUCACCCAUUUACCGUUUUUCCUUGAUUCAGGAAAGAGACCUGUUUUAUAACCCCUUCCCUGUCAGGGAUGUUGACAGAUGAUCUCAUUGGUGAUAGGUCAUGUGUUGUACAUAAGGAGAAAUGUCUGUUUAUUGUAUAUACGGAGGAAAUUCAAGUAUUGAUUGUGUGAAGGGAGGCUGAAACUGACCCUUUUGGUGUUCCUUUUGAAGUCUGUUGAUGUUAUGGAUUGGGUCUGGAAUUUUGCCCCUUAGACAAUUUCUGUGUGUUGUCAUUUUCUUGUUUGUUAGUUUUGCUCUCAACAUUUCUCAUGCAGGUCUUCAUAAACUCUCAAAAAAUGUUGCCAAUAAAAGGAGUUUAUUGCUCUUGCCAUAAUGAAAAUGAUUUGCCAGACUGCUAUAAUGUCACCCAAUCAUUUGUACUGUUAUUGAACAACAGAUCACCCAGCUUACUCAAACUGCCAUCAGACUAUCCAUUUACUUUCAUUAUUACUGUCAUGCUAUUCACACAUAUCUAUAUAGGUGUUUCAAAUGGGCUUUUAUAAAAAAUAUAUAGCUCUUACUGUACCUGACUGUUUCAAAUGUCACCCCAUGAUAGUGGAGUGCUUUAAUGUAUUUCCAUAGAAGACAUUGUAACUCAUAUCUGCAGCAACUGAGGGAGCAUCAGUGACAAGAAGCAGGUUAUGCUUGUUUACAAUAUCCUGUGACAUUUCACCCACUAUGUCUGUUUAUUCCAACAUUGCAUGAUAUCAGUUAGUCACCAAGUGCUUGGACUCCACUGGUCUUUUGCUUAGUUUUGUUAUUUUCAGAAAAGAGAGAAAUUAAAUGUUUUGUAUCUUCAGUUCCAGGUUUUUGACUGACAUCUGUACAUGAGUGCAGUUUUGUUAUUGAACUGUUGAGGGCAACACUCGUCUGCAUGGUUUUGUGAUGUGAUUUCAAAAUGGAUUGAUGUUUGAUGACUGCUCAUAGAAACUUGUAGAUAGUUAUCGUCUCAGGGAAGUUUCCAUCUUCUUUCUACUGUUCUUCCAUUUCCAAUUGGUCCGACUUGGUAAAAGCACAAUUAAGAAUCUAGGCCAGUAGUUUAUUCCAUCAGAAGCUUCAAAUAUGAUUUUGGUGGCCAGACAUGAUUUCAAAUGCUGGACUUGCAUAUAGGCCGAGUUGUUGAACGGAGAAGAGCAUACUCAAAGUAAUUUCUCACUCUAACGUUUUAACCUUUUCUGACCAAUAGACAUACAGCACCACAAAUGCUUGGUCAAUGAUUUUUUGUUGUUGAGAUGUUUCCUCGUACAGAUUAUUUUAUUGUACUGUUUGUGUGCCAGACAGAGUGAUAUGCUUCAUGAUGAAUGUACAUGAAUAAAGAUGAGGCCAGUACUAGCAGACAACAUGCUUGUUUACAAUGCACUCAUGAGCCUGCAAUCUUCUAUGGCUCAUAACCCUAUCAUAAGAAUGUAUGCUAUAGUUACUUUGAAUAACUACCACCACAGAGCUGAUGGUUUUCAGCCUCUUUUGUAUUGAACUUAACGAGAUCUGUGUGGUCUGUCCAGAAACAACCCCUAUAGCCCCUAAACCAUUUUUGUAGAUCUGUUUCUGGACAGGACUGUAGCCAAUCCUACCAGUCAAUGUAGGUCAAACAUGAAAAGCUUUGCUCAUUAUCAAAACUGAAAUACAUUUAAAGAACUUCAGAAUUUGUAUGAUUCAAAAUGUGUUUGUUUUUGUCAUAUUUUGGAAGGACAAGGUCAGAAGCCAGUUUCUCCCCACAAAAAAUGUUUAAGGUUCUUUAGGUUAUUGUUUUACUCAAAAUUGAUUUCCGGAUCAGAUUUUUCUUACACUUUAAGAAAGUUUCUUAUAGCUAUUGAAAUAAUCAAGUUGUGUUGUACCCUGUCUGAUGUGAUUGUGUUACAUUUGUAAAUAUUUAUUAACAUCCCUUUUCAUUAAAGUUGUUUCAAAUCAAA